AUGGGUAUCAAUGUGCAAGGUCUCAAAACUUAUGUGUAUGAUCUGAAAUACAUUAGAAACCCGAGGGUACCAGAGUGCACUAAAUUACCAACCCUUCCCUCGCCAAAAACACCUGUUGAGUUGACCAGAGCACGCAUUCAACAAGCUGCUCCAUUGUCCACAAUGUCUGGCCCUGAAUGUUGCGAGAACCCACCUACACUCUCCUCCGGCGGUGAAUCCGGCGAUGUCCUGCAGAUCGCCUCUCUCAAUUCUUACGUUACCGGGAACACUGAUUCGAAGAUCGCCGUUGUUCUGAUUUCCGAUGUUUAUGGUUAUGGAGCUCCAAAAUUGAGGAAGCUUGCAGACUUAAUUGCCUCUUCUGGGUAUUAUGUCGUCGUCCCUGACUUCUUCCAUGGAGACCCCUUGAUUCCUGAUUCUCCGAUUCAAGAUUGGCUAAAGAAUCAUGGACCGGUGGAAGCAGUAGCAUUUGCAAAAUCGGUUAUUCAGGCUCUCAAAGAGAAGGGUAUCUCUAAAAUUGGGGCUGCAGGAUUCUGUUGGGGUGCCAAGGUUGUUGUUGAGCUAGCAAAAGAGGCUGAAAUACAAGUUGCUGCUCUCUUGCAUCCUUCGUUUCUCACUUUAGAUGAUAUCAAGGGGGUUAAGGUUCCUAUUGCAAUACUGGGUGCUGAGAUUGACAGAAUGUCUCCACCAGAACUUGUCAAAGAAUUUGAGCUUGCUUUAGAAGCAAAACCAGAGAUUGAUCAUUUUGUGAAGAUAUAUAAUGGGGUUUCGCACGGUUGGACUGUCCGAUGGAAAGAUGAUGAUGAAAUCGCGGUGAAGUGUGCAAAAGAGGCGCAUGAGGAUCUUGUGGCUUGGUUUGGCAAGUGUCUUGUAUAAAACCAGUCGACCUGUAAAACAUAAUAAUGUAAAACAAAGAGAGAUGGAGAUGAUAGAGAAAACUCCAUUUACAAAUAAAUAAAGUGUUGUGAAGACUUUGUAGUAAGUUUUUAAUGCAAAGUUAAAAGUGUGAUUUGGAUCGUGUGGU